UAUAUAAGUCUAGUUAUGGAGUCUUUGCAGCCUGAUAUCAGCGGUGCUCCUUUCGGUAGCCAGGGAGCUAGUUCGGCUGGGGAGAGCGUUUAUUUUACUGCUAAAAGCGAAGAAGACUUGAAUGCCGGAAAACCUAACGGUGUUGCUGCCAUUGUGGUGCAUGCGACUGAUAAAGGCAACAAAGAACUGGUUGAAAGUUCUGGAGGUGUAGACAGAGUGGUUUUGGGGCAAGAUUUAAACGCACAGUCCCCGCUUUUGGUAGAAACUGAAAAACGUUCCACAAAAAGCUCAGAAAAUGAAAAUCGUGCGAAAAAUUUACAUAACUCGCACUCUACUGACGCCGCUAUCCUAUUGGUCAAUGAGGAAUCAAACCAACCAAUCGGAACCGCGAAUGUAACUGACGCAUUGCUGACGUCGACACCAGCUCUAUACGUCAUCACAAACGAUGAUGACGUCAUCGAAACAGCGGUGAAAGAAGCAGCAGCCACGCCUCUUAAAAAACGAAAUCCACCAGUGAGACGGUUUUCUCUUGGGGGUAUUCCAAAAAUCUUCAUCUCUCCGGCGACACCUCGUGCCUCACCCAUCAGUGGAAAACGGAAAAUGUCUCUUCUAUCGUGCACCCGAGUAUCUUCUAUUGAUUAUGCAUUGACGUCUGAAGACAUAGAAGAACUGGAUCUUACCACCCGAACAUUAGGCGAAGUUUGUGACGUCAGAGGAGCCAUUAUUCUCAGCUAUCAUGACGUCACAAUGAAAGUGAGGGUCAUCCCGAAAGUAAAAGAAGCGAUCGGGUACUGUUAUGGAGGGGUGACACCUAAAUACGAUAAGUCCUCGGUGGAAACGGGAGACAAGAUUAUUCUAAAUGGAGUCAGCGGAGUUUUUCAUCCUGGUAUAAACGCUAUCAUGGGACCUUCAGGGAGCGGUAAAACAACGCUGCUUGAAAUUCUUGCUGGAAGAAAAAAUGGACGAGGUGUUGGGGGUAGGGUGAUGGUGAAUGGACAACCUAUUGCUGCAAAGUUUUGCCAGAAAACAGGUUUCGCUCCGCAGGAGGAUAUUUUGAACCCCGGAUUGACGGUCCGAGAACAUAUUUGGUAUUCUUUGUGUCUCAGGAGACCUGACUCCUUAACCGAGGCCGAGAAAAGUUUACUACUUGGGGAAAUUAUUUCAAGUUUAGACUUGCUCAAAUGCGCAGACAGUAAGGUGGGUAAUGCCACAAAUCAUAACAUAUCAGGGGGCGAAAGGAAACGCACAGCCGUUGCAAUGGAGCUAGCUUCCGCUCCGAAGAUCCUUUUCCUGGACGAACCGACAAGCAAACUGGACUCGAGCACGUCUAAAACUUUGGUACAACUACUGAAAAAAUUAUCCGACAACGGACGAACGAUUGUUCUUACCAUACACCAGCCCUCCUACGCCAUCUACCGAAUGUUUGAUAGUCUCACAUUAAUCGCGAAGGGGCGCACAGUGUACCACGGAUCCGCUGGGUUGGCAUUGUCGUAUUUUUCAAGCAUAGGAUUCACAUGCGAAAAAUACAACUCUCCGCCUGACUACUUCUUAGACGUCUUAUACGGAGUUUAUCCCCACAAACCCCCAACACCCAGGCUCACGUUCACACGCCCCACUAUUACCCCAUCACGGUCGCUGCGUCGAAGUAUUUUUCACCGUUCAAUCAAUAACAACGAAGAUAGUCGUCGUACAGCUACAGACCACUAUCUGGACGACAGUGUGUUUUGUAAUUUAACGCCAACUUUUACCCGUUUUGCUAUUGGCGAUAUUCCAAGAUCUUACUCUUGCGAGCUCGAUAUAACGACGGAAGAGGGCGCUAAAGCACACGCCGACAUCGGAACACACCUCGCAGAAGCAUACGUCACGUCUCAACAAAAUCUGAAAAAUCGACAAGAAUUAGCCGAGAUAGAAAAACUAACGAAAAGAACACUGGGCUACAUGUCCGAACACGAGAGUUUCAAAAUGCAUAAAUCGAACAAGAAUCUUUCGUUUGGUCUUGAAUACACACUACUGACAAGACGAGCGCUUAAAUGCUCGACCAAGAUAUUUGCUGCUUUGGGCAUAAUGAACGCUGUUAUCGGACUCAUAUUUGGUAUUCUCUAUUUCUACAAUGAAGAUUCGCACCCUACAGUACAAAACAGAUUAGGAAUGUUUUUCUAUCUCUCUGUUCACGGAGUGAUGGUACCAGCCAUGAUCACUGCAAAGAGCUUUGCUGUCAACGAGAAAUCUCUGUUCAGGCACGAGCGCAAGGGUGGGUUCUACAGAGCAUCGACUUACUGCUUAGCUCGUUGUACAGUGGUGUUGCUUGCUAGGAUUCUCUCUGCAGUUAUAUUUUCUGGUUUCGUUUAUUGGAUGACAGGUUUACAACGACACCCAGCUCACUUUAUGUCUUUCUUGAUGACAGCUUUCUUCAGCGGUUUCGCUUGCGAUGGUAUUUGCUUGUAUGCCGCACUCGCGUUUAGGUCUUUCAGCACCGGCCGACUUUUCGUUGUGCUCUACAUGACUUUGACUUCGGUGUUUGCGGGUUUCCUUCUCGAUCUGAACGAAGCCUUUCCAUGGUUGGCGUGGGUCAAAUAUAUCAGCGUGACUCGAUACUGCUACUUGGGUUGGGUCAUAAACGAAUUUAUCGAACACGACUUGGAACCUUGUCCACGUUUAUUUACGGAGAAACGGAACCAGCAUGCACUGAUGAUCAAAGAGAGAUUGACAUCUAUACAAAACGCCGGUCCGGAUGGGAGAACGAAAACGAAUAUAACGAGCUGCACUUACUAUCCUGGCGAUGCUGUAUUACCAAUGGUGGUAGGCGAUGAUGAGAUUUUUCUCCACAAGAUUUGGCUUACUGAUGUGAUAUUGCUACUUAUGGCUAUUUUUCUCUUUGUUGCUUGCUUUCUUCGUAUGAGAAAAAUGUGAUAAACUGUGUGAAAUUUGCUUCUUUGCGUUCCAGUUUGUAUUUAUGUGUUGUUUUGUAUUUGUCGAUUAAAAA